AUGACCGACAAAACCCCGGCCAUCCUCUACGCCCUCACCACCCCACACCCCUCCCAACCCCAGGACCACUUCAACACGUGGUACGACAACGUCCACGCCCCGAGCCGCGCUCGCUGCCCAGGAGUCCACCAAGUCGCGCGCUGGGUCGCUACAGACGACAGCAGACCUGGUUGGCUCGCUACCUACGAGCUCAACGACGCCUCUGCACUCCAAACCGACGCCUACAAGCAAGCACGGCUCAACGACGGCGAUGACGAGACCACCAUGUUCUCCGACCUCUCCAGGCGGGUGUACAAUCUCUUGAGCGACAAGACGUGCACGGAAUAUGCCACUUACUGCGCAUCCGGCAAGCCUCGCGCCAUGACCCACGUGGCCGUCCAUCCGGACAAGAGCACCGAUCUCACAGACGACGAGUUCAACAAGUGGUACGAAGAGGAGCAUGUUCCACUACUGUCGAAAUGUCCUGGCUGGCUACGAAGUACAAGAUGGGUGCUUGUCGAUGAGAAGGAUCCACGAAAUGGUCAAUUCAGUGAAACCGCAAGAUUUCUGGCGUGUCAUGAAUGGGAGGAUGCAGAUGUGGUGUAUGGCUCCGACGAGUUCUCGCAUGCGGUCACAACACCAUGGAGGACGAGAGUCAUGUCGAACAUUGAUCGGCAGACAGAGGAAAGGAGGCUGUUCCAGCUUUGGAGGCAGUUCUUACCAGAUGGAACGAGUGUGGCGGCUGAGCAGAAGCAGACCAAAAUGCGAUCUUGGGGCGACAUCAAGGCCGUGCCGACUAGCACUCGAGCGUUACUGUUCUACUGGCUCUACAAGUACCCUACUCAUCUGUAG